AUGAGUAUGAUCCCGGAUCAUGCUCAAGGUGAGAUUGCGAUCUUGAAUCUGAGCAGCUUUGAGGUUGACUGCAUCAAUGACGGCAGUAGCAAUGAAGGCUCCGUCUCCCACUUGGACUGCUACUGCAAGGCCGGAUUUAGACUCUCUUGUAACUCGCUAGGCUACAUGACUUGUGCUAGCUGCGCUGGACAGGACUACGUGUGUCCGCUCAACUCCACCAGAACAGGCAGAGUCACGAAAUGCCCACGAACGGCUUUUCUUGACCUAAGAGGUGCAGAUUCCACGAUACCUGCCAAGGACAUUCAGCUGCUACGCAGGGCCACAAUCAAAACACUCGGUUUGCCAGAAGCUGCUGAUGUUGUAGUCGCUCUAAUGGAGAGGCAGCCUACUGAAGAAGUCGUGACACGUCGGCUCGCAACGGCGACGGGUACUCAGUCGGUCAAGCUGACCGUAACGGCAGAUUUUGAGGCUGUAGCGGGGUUGUCGACAUCUGACGUCGCGGACGCGUUCGAGAGGGCAUUCUUGGAAGCUGCAAGUGAUCCUGGUAUGUCGAUAGACGUCGGAGAGGUCACCGUCACGUCUAGAGGAGCUGAUGAUGCAGAAAUAUAUGCAGAAGCCGCUUCGCUGUAUGAAAGACUAUAUGCCAGUGGUGCUAGAUGCCCACCAGGAACCGCACCAGCCACUGAGACGCCAACCUCGCUCUCGGACUGCAAAUGCUCAGCCGGCUACAAACUGCGAUGUCCUACUUGCGUGAGUCAGGAUCCUGCCCUGGGACCAGACUGCAUUGCUUGUGGCCUCGGCCAAUACAAAGCAACGUUGGGUAACCAUUCCGAGUGUACUCCGUGCCCUGUGCCCUUCGAGACUACCAGAGAGCUUGGCAGUACACACGUACGGCUCUGUGUAUGCCGUAUUAUAGACUUGCCGACGGCAGCUGUGGUCAGUGUCCCGAGGAGCACUAUUGCAGUCAUCAUCCAACUGACCUGA